GACACGCAGAGUUCACUGGCGAGUAAAUUCGUGAAUAAGAGAAUCUUUAUAUUGAGACUCCACUGAUAAAAUGGAGCCGUAUCGAAUUGAAUUCACCAUUGCAAAUGAUUCUAAGCAUCAGGGCGAUAUUGAGGCCGUGGCUUGUCACCAAGGAAAGGUUUACUCCGGAGCAGAUGACGGAAUUAUCAAAGUGUGGAAUGAAACAGAUUUGAGCUACGUAACAGAGGUAAAAGCGCACGAGAGCUUGGUGUAUGCGCUUGCAGUGAUCGGCGACAGCCUUUACUCCGCCUGCAACGACGGCACAAUCAAAAUUUGGCGACUGCCGUCCCUGGAGCCAGGACCAACCCUCACAUCGCACCAGGAAGCUGUACGGCGGAUCAGAGCUAUGCCGAGUGGCGAUGUUAUUUCUGGCGAUGAGUGUGGGAUGAUGCAAGUUUGGAGCGGAGAAAAUGCAAAACGAGGCUAUGAGCCGAUUGGAGAAGAAAUUUGGGAUUUGGUCGUUGAUUCGGAAGGAUUUGUCUACACAGCGCGUGACAGGGAUAUUUCAGUCUGGCUUUUGAGUGAACAAUCUUCUUUCACUCAAAACAAAGCAACUUUUCCCGGCCGAGCUCCGAUGACCAUUGUAAACGACAACGUGUACUACAUGACUCGCGACGGAAGAACAGUGGAAGCAGUCGGGACGGCAAAGAAUAAGUACGCCAAAAUUGCGACGAUGAAGGGCCACAAUCAGAUUGUCAACUGCAUGACUCACACGGACAAGUACUUGUUCACUGCCGGCUGGGAUAAUCACGUGAGAGUGUGGGACUUGCAGACGCACAAAUGCUACGCAAACGUCGACGCGGGAGUCUAUAUCAACGCGAUGGAGUCGAACGCUGACGGAUCUGCAGUUUUCGCUGGCGGAGCAAACAGCCUUCUUGUUAAAAUUACACCUGUUAAAAAAUGAUUGAUCUUCUGGAUUAAGACUUUUGACAUGAGAAAUGUCUGCGAAAGAUAAUGCUAUGCGAUUAUUAUUAAUUUUAAUUUUCAAGGAAAACUUGGAUGUGAUGGUGAGAUUGUCGAUUUAGACAAAGAACAUAUAAAUUAAACAAAAAUUGUUUUUA